CUGCCUAUCACUCAGAGGCAGUGACAAGAGUAGAGGGAGGAAGAAGAAACAUUUGAGGAAACCACAAAAUAGUGACACUGAUGCAGACAUGGACUUGCGGUCAGAGCUGCUCAAGUCCAUCUGGUACGCCUUCAUGGCACUGGAUCUGGAAAGAAGUGGAAAGGUGUCCAAGUCUCAGCUCAAGGUGUUAUCGCACAACCUCUGCACUGUUUUGUGUAUCCCACAUGACCCGGUUGCUUUGGAGGAGCACUUCAGGGAUGACGACGAUGGCCCAGUCUCCAGUCAGGGUUACAUGCCCUACCUCAACAAAUACAUCCUGGAUAAGGUAGUACAAGGCUCCUUCAACAAGGAAGACGUAGAUGAGCUGUGUUGGACCCUCACAGCAAAUAAAAACUACAAACCAAACAGAAGUUCAAACACUGUUCUGCCAGAGCAGGAUGCAUUUCGGCUUUGGUGCCUUUUUAACUUUCUUUCUGAGGACAAGUACCCCUUGGUUAUGGUCCCUGAUGAGGUGGAGUACCUACUGAAGAAGAUCUGCUCAGCAAUGAGCACUGAGCUCAACUGUGUUGAACUGGAGGACUUCUUCUCCCAAGAUGCAGUGCAACAGAAAGGUAUCACGGUCUGGCUUUUUCUGGAUAUGAUGAAUACAGGAAAGAUAGCCCGAGGAAUCGAUAAGGGUGCCGUCAGCAUGGCCAUAGAGGAAGUAUACAGGGAGAUAGUUGGCGAUGUCCUCAAAGAGGGUUAUCUGUGGAAGAAAGGCCAACUUAGGAGAAACUGGAAGGAGCGCUGGUUCACGCUGAGACCGAGCAACUUGUCCUACUACACUGGGGAAGACCGCAAGGAGUGCCAGGGCAAAAUCACUCUGGAUGGGAACUGCUGUGUGGAGGUGCUACCAGACCGUGAUGGCAAACGAUGUAUGUUUUGUCUAAAAACCUUCUCCAAAACUUAUGAGAUGAGUGCCUCAGACACCAAACAGAGACAAGAAUGGACAACAGCCAUUCAGACAGCUUUCAGGCUGCAUGUGGAGGGGAAGAAGUCCCUCCACAAGGAUUUGAAGCUGAAGAGGCGUGAGCAGCGGGAGCAGUGUGAGAAGAGAAGGCAGGCCAAGGAGGAGGAGCUGCAGAGACUGCGGGCUCUUCAGGAGGAACGUGAGCGUAAGCUGGCGGAGCUGGAGCUCCUGAGGGAGGCACAGAAGCAGGCCCAGAUCCUUCUGGAGCAGGAUGAAGAGAGGAGGAGGCAGCAGCAUGAGCAGCUCCAGCAGGCCUUGGAGGUCCAGCUGCGUGAGGCUGAGGAGGCGCGAGUCAGCAUGCAGGCAGAGAUGGCGCUAAAAGAGGAGGAAGCAGAAAGGCAGAGGAAGAGGAUCCACGAGCUGGAGGAGAUGCAGAAACGAUUGGAGGAGGCGCUGCAGCAGGAGAUUAAAGCCAGGCUGGAUGAGGAGGCUUUCCGCUACACUCAAGCUGGCUUACUUGCUGAGGAAGAGGAGAAAAUGAAGGCGCUGAUGAACCUACAGGAGGAGCAGGAAGAAUAUAUCCUGAAGACACAGAGGGAGAAGCAGGAGUUGAAGCAGGAAAUGGAGGCCAAGUCACGGGCCCUAGAGGAGGCGCAGAGGCAAUUGGAGGAGGUUCGGGCAAACCGGCACAGGGUGGACCAGGAUGUGGUGGCUGCCCAAAGGAAACUUCGACAAGCGAGCACCAACGUGAAACACUGGAAUGUCCAGAUGAACAGACUGAUGCGACCCAUUGGACCUGGCGAAAAAAGAUCUUUCUUGGGAAGCUCCUUGUCAUCUUUCCAGAUUCCAACCCAGAGAGACCCAGGACUGCGUCUCAGAAGGAUAUCCGGUGCGGAGGAUCGAGACGACGAGUGCAAAGAAAAUGUCAAUGACAGACCUGGGUGUGAAUUAGAGAGACACAGCUCCCACGCUUCUAAUGGAAACAUGGACAUCCCCUAAAUGCAUGACUCAUACAAGACAGUGGCAUUUUCAAUUUUAAUGUGCUGUAAAACUGAAGUAACAGUACUACAAUGUUCAUCAAUCGUAAAAUAUACUGACCUCUUUUUUUUUUUUUUAAAGGCUUUAAACAUGUUUGAAUUCUAAACUGCAUUUGAAUUAUUAAUCAUUCAUCUGCUUGACUGUGUGGGACCUGUUCUGGACACAGAUAGACAAAUGAUGCAAUGUAACUGUGAUGUAAAAAUGCUGAUACUGUAUGUACACACAUUAAAGCCAAUUAUGCUCAUCAACCGUGAAUAUUGAAUCUAGGGGUCAUGUACAAAUAUUAAUUAUUUGGAUUUCCACUU